AUGACCGAGUGCCUUGGUCCAGUGCACACAAAUGGGGAGGUCAUAUUAGAUAAAUACUUCUCCGCAAGGGGGAAGACAAUUGAACGGAUAGGGCACGUAUCCGGCCCUCAUCCUUUUUCCAAUUCCUACCGCCCCGUAAAUUAUGAUCAAGGUAUUCCCCAUAUGCCCCGUUCCCAAGGAAAAAUAGUAUCGCACAUUUUCGAUUCGAACGUGAGCGAGGAAGAGACCAUGUUAGGAUCAGGCAAAACAUACGAAGAAGGGCUAUUGAAGAAAGAAGACGAAAUCUGCGAUAGACUUACAUAUGAUGUAAGAAAAAGCAACCUGGAAAUUCCAUUUUACUUCGUAGGACGUGAAAAACAAAAUGGAAAAAGUAAACAUUUCAGUAACAAUCGUGAAAGUCACGCUGAUAUGAAAAUGUCCAAGAAAAAAGGAUACCCCCUUACUCGUCUAAAGCUAUGCAGGAAGGAUAAAAAUACGCAGUACCUUAGAAGUACGAGAAGAGCGCCCUUCAAUAGUGAAGUGCACAGAGGAAAAUACAAAUUGCAUUCCAACAUGCGGAACAUGUCGAGCGGACACUUCAGUGCAUUACUGGUACCUAAUUUAAAAUGGAGAAGAGGAUGCUCCUGCGGAUAUUCGAGAAGGAUAAUUCUAUCGAGUCGUAAAGUAUUCCUCAUACUAUUUUCCAUGCCAAUGUCGGAAGGUUGUAAUAGAGAAUCAAAAGAAUCUGGGACUUCCCUUCUGACGCGGAAGAAGUUACAAACAUGUAACAGAGUGGUAAAUAAAAUGAAUGUACACAGACGAAGAAUCUCCCCUCGCCUUAGGAUAAAACGUCCAGGAGGUUCUGGAAAAUUGAAUGGACGAGGAAUUCGCCCAUGUGUUUGCCAUUGCACCGUUUUAAAUAAUUACAACUUGGACUCCACUUGGAGAACGAAGAAGCAUAAAAAAGGAAUAACGGAUGAUUGUCACAACUUAAAAUCGUCCUCUAAAUCAAUCCAUUCGGAGCAUUCAUUUUUUUAUAAUUCUGUCGGGAAUCAAAAAAUGGAAGAAACUGCAUACGUAACUCCUUCUGCACACUUACCCUAUACUUUGUACAUGCGAGGGGUUGUUUUCGCCCAAUCGGAAUAUCACUGCCAUCGGUUGGGAGUGCGGGAAAGUGGAAAAAAAACAUGUAACAUCCUGAAGAUUAAUUUGAUGGCAUCACAAUCAGGGGUACUGAUCCCGAUCCAAUGUGAAGCUAGUAAUAUGUGUGAACAUAAAGGCAGUUAUAGCCAAGUGUGUGCCUACAAAAUUGCAGAAAUGAAUUCUCCCCUUAACUCUGAAUGGAGAAAAUUCCACAUGUAUAUAAUGCCUGCGAACAGCUACAAUUGUUCAGAUUUUUCCAAACACAUAGGCGCUGCCAUUACGGAGCACAUCUUUCUAAAUUACAAUUUGGGGGUGGCAGAGGCAGUGCUUCUCACUCCAUUACAGCAUCAGGGAGAAAAAAUUUAUUUCUGUGGUCCAUCGUACACGCACACGGAGGUUCUAACUCAGUAUUCUACAAAUGUACCCUUCUUGAACAACCGCCUCAUGUCUGAUAAAAGUUAUUUCAAGGGGAUGGAGCAUGCGAAUUGUUAUCUGUGCUUUGAACAUUUGGAAAAAAAAAAAAAAAAUGACAAACACAGCUGCAAUAAUUUCUCCCCCCGUAGUGUAUUAUUACCCAAUUUAUAUUCUCCUCAUUUGACACAUUUGGAAAAUAAUAAUGGCAAGUGCGGAAUUGGAAAAGGGAAGGUCAUCUUACGACAGUUUCUGUGCCUAUGCGUCGGGGGAAAUGUAACUGGACUUAUUACACAUGAUAAGAUGGAAGCCGAACAUUAUCCACAGAAAGUAGUAUCUGCACCUGCCAACGGGAAGAUUCCUACGGCUGGUAUCAUCGGCCAGAGUGGAAUAAUUUUUUUCGACAAGGGAGGCACUAUUACUCGUGCACUCUUUGCAUGCAAAUGUAGGAAUGAACAUCUGUACAUGCCCCAUGCCCAGUGGGGAAAGGCUCCUUGCACAGAUCAAAAAGAACUGACAGUACCUUACUCCAACACAUUUGUGUGGAUGCCAAAAUUGCGUGAACAGUCGCGGAAGGUUGAACUCGUACUGUACACGCUCAUGCAGGUAGUGGAACGAAUAAUUUUCCGCGGAGCCCAUUAUUUGUGCUUCUUACACUUCGUUCUCUGCAACGUUCAGAUUUACCUAACCCUUCUUGUAAAGUUUAUGGAGUGCAAAAUAAGCAUGCGCAUGAGAAGGGAUAAUAAAAAAGUGGAAGGUUCGUUGCUCCUUUGCGAAGAAGUUGGACUAAUGUACGCAAUGGACGAAACAAUUCAUUUCGAAAAUAGGAAGGUCACAUCAAAAACGAUGGUGGUUUUCCCUGCUAAAGAUACAUCACAUCAGAAGGAUCACAGAACCAACAGUAAAAGCAAGGAAUAUUCCUCAGUCCCUAAGUUGUUUCUGGAGGGACAUAGCACAAAUGGAUGGACUACUUUAUGCACGGAUCUUAUGCAUACAGAAGCAGCCGAAGGAAGUACCACCAGAAGGGGUAAAAACAUGGACAGUUCAUUAUUUCCAAGAAGGGAAACUCCCCGCGAAAGCUGUAAGGUUUUGAGGAAGGAGGAUGUGUUCACGUGUCAGUGGAAAAAUAAGAAGGGAACGAAAAGAGAAAUGUCUAUCAGUGUAAGCAGGGAAAUAAAUAUGCAAGAAGGGGGAAACAGAAGAGGCGCAUUCAAACACAGUGGAGAGUAUUCUACUUUCGAGAAUUCUGCCAAUUAUGGACAACUGGUUAACACGUGCGAUAAGGACCACUCAUGUAGGUUCCGUUGCACCCCCCCUAAAUCGACGCUGUUUUUGUCGAACACCUCGAAUAAAAAAUGCUCCAGAGGGAAGGGCACAGAAGGCAACAGGGGAAGGAGAAAAGGAGGUGAUAAGGGAACAAAUGAUCCAAAGGGUAAUCAAGAGAAGGGAAGGAAAAACAAAGAUGACAGGAAGGGGUCGGGGUCGCACAUGGAGUCUGAUUCAGAAUCCAGCUCGGGCGAAGAGGACACCAGUGAUGAUGACAAUGAUGUUAAUGAUGAUGACUCCUCCGAGGAAGAAGAAGAUGAAGAAGUUGAUGAGGAGGAAGGUGAAUUCGACGUCGAAGAUCAAAACGAGGAAGAGGAAGAAGGUAAGGAUGAAGAUGAUGAGGAUGAUGAGAAUGACGGAACCGAGGAGGACGACGCGGAAGAAGAGGACGAGUUUGAUGUGGACGACAACGAUGAUGACGACGACAGUGACGACAGUGAUAAUGAUGACAACAGUGAUGACGACAACGAUGAUGGUAGUGACGAUUCGGAUGAUGACGAAGCGGAUGGCGAGACAGACGAUGACGAUCUCCCAUCAGAUGGUGACGACCAAGCGGAUGAGGACGACGAAGACCAGGCGUAUCACAAGGGCGGAAGGAAAAAAAGGAAAAAAAAAGGCAAAAGGGGAAAGGAGAACCAAUUUAUGGACGUAGAAGAGUCGGAAGGGGAAAUAAGCAGAGAAGACGAGAAACACAAUUGCCAUUAUAACCAUAGCAACAGCCAUUAUGACAAAAAAAAAAAACUGUAUCUGAAAAAAAAGAAUAAAAGAUUUAAGCACAGAUACGUGUACCUUAACAAUCUAUUCAAAGACAGCAUGUGUAUAAACACCAUCAAUGUAUCCAAUUUCAUAUCAGUAAGUAAGGAUAAACUAACUGCCACUUAUAGCGCAUGGGGAAAGCACACUGACAUUGCAUGCGUUCAGGUAAAUAAAUGUGCAUCCAGAGAUUGUAGCAUAUACUAUUUUGAAGUGGAGGUGUUAAGUUGCUCCAACUUCUCCAAAAUUGUGAUAGGCAUGACGAGCAAAAACUACACAAUUAACAAAAAUCCAGGAUAUGAAUAUAAUUCCUUUGGAUAUAAAAAUGAUGAUGGGAAAAAAAUUAUCGAUAGCAAAUUAGAAAGUUACAGUAAUGGGUAUACCAAGUAUGACAUAAUUGGGUGUGGGAUUAACUAUUUCGAUAACAGUGCAUUUUUUACAAAAAAUGGCAAGUUCCUAGGUAAGGCCUGUAAUGUAAACCCCAAGUAUGAUUAUUAUGCUACUGUUGGAUUGACUACUCUAGGCGACAAAAUCAAAUUUCACCUGAACAAUUUCUACUUCGACAUUUACAAUAUGAUUUAUGAGGAAUGCGAAAAGGAAAGGAAAAUCAUCAAGUCCAUUUAUAUUCAGAAAGACAUUUUUACUGAUGUUAUUAAGUCGCAUUUGAUAAAGUGCGGCUAUUUUAAUACGUACAAAUCGUUUGUGGAUUUUAUGGAGAAGCAUAAAAAUAUGGGUGACAAUGGUAGCAUCGUCGGGGAGUCCUCCAACAGUAAACACUCCCUGGAGAAGUUCUUUGCAGACCAGGCGGACUCACCAGGGGGGGACGACCAAGUAAAAAAGGACGAAACAGAACUGUGCGAAACAGGAAAGUGUGAAAUAAAAAGAGAUGAAAUGAAAAAGGAUCAAAUGAAAAAAGAUGAAGGAAAAAAGGAUGAAGUAAAAAAGAACGAAGCGAAGGACAAACCCACGUGCACCCCCACACGCAGCGGAGAUGAUACCCCCAGUAAAAGUCCUCAAGGGAGCCAAACAAAGAGCCAAGAGCACCCAGCUCAACUUUCACAAUCUCAAAGUAGCAAAAACAAGCACACUGAUGGGGAUAUCAAAAAACAAAAGGGCGAAGCGAUAGAAGCCGCAAAUGAUACCGCUCGCAAAGAAGGUGAAUCUCUGUCCAAUAUGCGUAUCCUGAACAGUGAAGCACAAGAAUUUUCUAGCCCCCACAAAAUGGAAAGAAAAAAUUCCAAGGAGGAUCAAAAUGACGAAAAGGACAAAAGCGCUUUUAACAAAAUUAUAAUUAACUACCCAGACGAGUAUGAGAAACUGAACAAGGAGGAAGAGAGCGAAUGCAGGGACAAAAAGGAAGAGACAAAGGAAAGGGACAAUCCGACGAUUACCCCAAGCAGUGCACUGAGAAGCGAUCAGAAUGAAGGUGAGGAUAAACAGGCAACAGAUCUCAAAUGUGUAACUGAUGACACGAAAGGGGAUAGCCAUCCAGUGGACGAUGUUACGAAAGGUAGCAACAGGGAAGAAAAGCCGAAUAGUGCAAGUGACGCAGAUCAUAAGAAGGUGGAAGGAAGCACAGAGGGUGUUACCUCCCUCAUCGAUGCAGCCCCAUCGGCCGUUGAGCCUCCCCUCUCCGGAGGAGAAAUUCUCCCUUUGAAUCAGGCGCAAGGAAAAGAGGAACCCACAGAAGAAGCAGAAAAUCAAACAAUCAGCGAUCUUACGGCAACCAUCCUAAAGAGCUACGAAUUCAACCAAUACAACUACCCCCCUGCGAAUUUGCAAAAUACGCUAUGGAUAUCGCGGAAAAACAGUCUUGGCAAUUUAUUAAACGUAAGAAAAGACUCCAACAUUUUACUAUUAAAUCGAUUAAGAGGUAAAAGAAGCCUGAACUUGAAGGAAGAUUUGAAUAUUUUGGCUACUAACCUUUUUAAUACGAAAAAGGAAGCGAGAAAAAGUGAAGGAGAUAUUAACAAAAGAAUUCAGCUUCUGCUACGAGAAAAAUCAGGGAUGAUUAAAAAUGAAAAUUUAAAAAAAUUAAAUAAAAAAGAAGGAAAGGGGUACUCAGUAGAUAAGGAAUACAUUACUAAAUAUUUUGCCAACUUGUACCUGUCUGAAGACAAGCUAAAAAGAAUGGUGGACUCAUUGCAGACAAGACACAUCAUACGAAAUAGCAUUCUCAGUGGAAAUAUUAUACGGGUGCUGAAUAUCCUGGAAGAGGAGUACGCAGAUUUAUUAACCAACGAAAGGGGAAGCUUUCACAUUGCUAUGCUUUACACGCAACAGCUGAUAGAGAUAUUGAAGCCGAAUAAAAAAUUUAUUAAAACAAUAUCUUUGAGAAAAAAAAAGUGUAAAAAAUUGGGAGCGUAUGAUAUGGAGGAUGAUCUUCUCAGUGAAAUGAGUUACAAAACGUAUGAUACUUUAAGUGAUAACCAUUUUUAUGAUGACAUCAAAACGGAUUGCGGGUCUUCCGAUAGUCUGCUUUGUGAUAGUUCCAACGAGGAAUAUAGUAGGCAUAAUGAUAUAGUGCUCAAAUUGGAGAAGCUCAACAGAAGAGGGGGCAAUGGAGAUAAAACUAUAAGCAAGGAAACGCUAGGAAGCUGUUACAGACAGCGUCGUAAGAAGUUAGUGGAGCAUGGAGCGGGGAGUGGCUACAAAAGUAGCGACAGCAAUGGGGAUAAAACAGAUAAAAAGAGAGAAAACAGCCUAAGCAUUGGUGAUGACAAGGUGAAGAGGCAAUCGGAGAAGCACUCCGCGAAAGGAUCUUCAAACAAGGAAAAGGGGAAGCCGUUCGACCCGUCUAACGCAAAAAAUGAAGGAACGGGUAAGGAAGAUGAGGAACGUACGCGGAGUGCAGAGGAUGACAAAUGUGCAGACCUCGCGAAUCACCUCAAAAAGGAGGAAGAUAAGGGAACGGACACUACAGGGAUAAAUGAAACUUCGAAGAAAAUUUUCCAACUAAACAAUAAUGACCUUGGGAAGGAAAAAAAAAUCGAAAGAAUGAUAUACAGAAGCAUGAAAUCAAAUUAUGAUGAAGAAUUUUUUGAAACGAACAACUUGCAAGAAGAGUAUGAACAGCAUUACAAUAAACUAUCCAAGGAAUAUGAAUUCUUUGAGGAGGAUAAUCCAUACAAUAUUAAGAAUAGAAAACAAUAUUUCAGAAAGGAAACAUCUGGAAAAAAAAGGUAUCCAAAAAAAGCGCACACAUUUUCAAGCUCAAGUGACGAUGAUGGCACUUCAGAUGGUGACAGUAAUGACUCAAACUUUAAUGAAAAGCAUUACGAAUUCAAUGACAUAAAUUUCGAUCAGAUAUAUGAAUACAUAUAUAAAAAUAAAACUCCAAAUAGUGAAGACAUAAAAUUUAAGAAGGAUCAUUUGUAUUUAGCCCUAUUAUGGAUUCGAGAAAAGUUGUCCCAUUUUAACACAUCACGACAGGUGAAUGUUCGCCAGUGUAUCCUAGACACCACUUCGCUGAUUGCUUAUCAUAAGCCGUACAAGGAGAGACUUGUUCGCAUGUUCUUCUCGAAGAACAGAAAUUUGCUGACGUUCAGUUCUGUCAACGAGGGUAUAUUGGGUCUAUGCCUGAAGGUCCCCGUGUACUCCCCCCUGGAAAUUAUGGUGAAGCAUCUCAUACUGUGCAGAAACUUGUUGCGAGAAAAAAAAGGAAAUAUCGGGAUAAAGUAUGACUGUCGCUAUGUGUGCCAGCCGUACAAACGAUACAUGAUUAAAGUUAAGAACAACAAAAAGAAGAGAAGAUACUUCAAGGAAGAAAUAAAGCAAAAGAAUGAGAAGGGAUCCCUAAAUGGAAAAAUUAUUGAAGAUAACAGGUUAUCAAUUUUUUAG